AUGGGCACCGCUCAACUCAAGAACACCAACGUGCGUCUCCUCGCCUGUUCCUUCGAUGAGGACGGUAGCACCGAUAGUGACUAUCGCUUCCUACUCGACGAGAAAAACGUGAAGUAUGUUUCGACCGCGCCAGGCGUUUUUCCCGACCGCCCUCUCACAGAUCGGACCUUUGCGCCCACUCUUAUUGGCGAGCUCUUGCCACCCUUUCCACCCGGGGACUGGAACAGCGGACACGUAGCCAAGGACCCCGCGACGGCCGAAGUGUAUUUCGCCAGACUCGAGGCGAUCGAACUCCCAAAGGUGGAAACCGUCUGGCAUCCCACCCAGCUCAACGAAGUGGACUUCACUGAACAAGAUGAUCUCAACCAGAGAGUCCGAAUCUGCACUAGCCCUGCAAUCAACAAUGGCAAACCUGUCAUCGUCAAGAUGGCCGUCUGGCCAUGGGAAAUCGACCACAUGAGGACGGAAACCGCAAUUUAUCGAUCUCUACACGAGAGUGGCAGCCGCGCUGGGCCAAAAUUCCUGGGCCACCUUUUAGAGGGCGAUGGAGGCCGGGUCAUCGGCAUCGUGAUCGAAUAUGCCGGGAACAUGAGACGCGCUGCGGGUUUGGAAGAUUUGACAGCUUGUAAGAGGGCUCUUGCGCGGUUGCACGCGCUGAGUAUCAAGCUCGGCGAUCCCGAUCAUGGGAAUUUCCUCGUGCCUAAGGGAGACGGGGCGGAGGGCAAAGAGGUGAUCCUGAUCGAUUUCGAGUUCGCGAAGCAGAACUGCUCGAAAGCCGAAUUGGAAGAAGAGAUGGAGUUGCUGCAGCGGAAGCUGGAAGAAGGUGAUCAGACUGCCACCUACUUUGAGGCGGAGGAGGGCACUUCGGUCGGUUGA